AGCUCUUCCUUUGUCUUUCUUCUGCUUGCCCAGGUGUCUCAGGUGUGGAACAACGCCUUGGUGAACCUCCUGAAGAGCCUCUACUCACUGGGGGUGGACAGCAGCAGGAGGGAGAUGCAGUCGGUGGAGCAGGAGGUGCUGUGGCGGCUGCGGCGUCUCACCUUCAGGCAGCUCGCAUCCCUGGCCGAGUUUUUGGCUGUCAGGCAGGGGAAGGACAGCAAACUCCUGAGCGAAGUCAUCAAGAAGCUGGAGCUGCGUUGGACAGAGCUCGAGGGCACCCGAACCGUGGUGACACUGAUGGGGAAGGUCGGGCACAUGUCCCCAGCACUGAUGGACCGGCUGGAGGACAAGGCUCUGGAGCUUGCAGAGCAGUUCAGUCCCGACGACAUCCGGAAGAUAACGCUGGCUUUAGCCUACCAGAAGCGACGCUCCGUGCCUCUGCUCCGAGCCUUGUCCUACCACCUGAUCCAGAAGCACUCAGAGCUCAGCCUCAACGUCCUCAUGGACCUGAUUUUCGCCUAUGGAAGACUGAAUUUCCACCAGCCCCAGGUCUUCCAGAAGAUUGCCACCGACCUGCACCCCCACGUUUCGGCCAUGACGCCCGUCGAGGCGACGCGCUGCGUCCGAUCCUUCGCCAUCCUCAAGUGGCUCGGCCUCCCGCUGUUCGAGGCCAUCGCGCAGUACGCCCUGGACAACUCCAAGCAGCUGUCGGUCGCCCACCUCUGCGGCAUCAUCCUGUCUUUUGCUCGCCUGAACUUCCAGCCCAGCGGAAGCGAGGACUUUUUUAACAUGGUCCAUGAGCAGCUCAAAGGCCACCUGGACAGCUUGGAGCCUCACCUCCUGACCGACCUGGUGUGGUCGCUCUGUGUGCUGCAGCAGGCCAAGGCUCCCUACCUGCAGCGAGUGCUGGCACCCAACUUCCACGCUGGCAUCCGAGGAGAUGAAUCCCCCAAGGCCCAAAAUUUACGGCUGAAGCUGAUGCAGAUCAACGCCGCUGCCAAGCUGGAGAGCCCGGACUACGCGGGGCCGUUUGUACCCGAGGAGAUGCUUGGGAAGCGGGCAGUGUGAGGAUGGGGGUGGUUUUUUUGGGAAGGGAGUGGUGGGAUUUCGCGUGUUUUGCUUCACCGACCACGAUGGGGGCGGCGUGAGCGGCACCCAGCACCCGGGUGGAUCCAGGGAGCCUUUGUGUUCCCUCCUCUCCCCGCAGACGCCGAAAUGGUGGUGAACAGCGAAAAUAAACCUCUCCCCGUCAAGGACUUCGCUGCUCCCCAUCUGCUCCGCUCGGAAGGGACAAAGCCGCUGCCGCCGGGCGCCAGGAGGGUCGCCUUCCUCUGCUGGGAGUUCCCCAGUUUCAGCAACCGAGGCAAGGACCUGCUGGGGCGCUACGUGAUGGCCCGGCGCCAUGUCCAGGCGGCCGGCUUCCUCGUGGUUGAGGUCCCCCACUACGAGUUCCUGGAGCUGAAGCUGGAGCGGCAGCGGACG